GAAAAGGAGGGAGGGGGUGGGGAGGAGGGAAUCUUAUAUCACGUGACAGGGGCGGCGCGGCCCGGGGUGUCAGUGUGGAGGAGACUGAGUAUUCUACCUUGUAAAUACUGUUAUUUGUAUAUACUGUAAAUGAUGACAUCGGUGGGCACUAACCGAGCCCGGGGAAACUGGGAACAACCUCAAAACCAAAAUCAGACACAGCACAAGCAGCGACCACAGGCCACUGCGGAACAGAUUCGACUUGCACAGAUGAUUUCGGACCACAAUGAUGCUGACUUUGAAGAGAAAGUAAAACAACAUUCUUGGGAGAUGGUCGGGAAGAAGAAAGGAGUCUCAGGACAGAAGGAUGGUGGUCAAGUGGAACCCAAUGAGGAAGGCAAAGAAAAUCGAGACCGAGACAGAGACUAUAGUCGACGACGUGGAGGGCCACCAAGACGGGGGAGAGGUGCCAGCCGAGGACGAGAGUUUAGGGGUCAGGAAAAUGGAUUGGAUGGCACCAAGAGUGGAGGACCUUCUGGAAGAGGCACAGAAAGAGGCCGAAGAGGUCGUGGCCGAGGCAGAGGAGGCUCCGGUAGGCGAGGAGGAAGGUUUUCUGCUCAAGGAAUGGGAACUUUCAACCCAGCUGAUUAUGCAGAGCCAGCCAGUACCGAUGAUAACUAUGGCAAUAGUAGCGGCAAUACAUGGAACAAUACUGGCCACUUUGAACCAGAUGAUGGGACAAGUGCAUGGAGGGCUGCAACAGAGGAGUGGGGAACUGAAGAUUGGAAUGAAGAUCUUUCUGAGACCAAGAUCUUCACUGCCUCUAAUGUGUCUUCAGUGCCUCUGCCUGCAGAGAAUGUGACAAUCACUGCUGGUCAGAGAAUUGACCUUGCUGUUCUGCUGGGGAAGACACCAUCUUCAAUGGAGAAUGAUUCAUCUAAUCUGGAUCCAUCUCAGGCUCCUUCCCUGGCUCAGCCUCUGGUAUUCAGUAACUCGAAGCAGAGUGCCAUAUCACAACCUGCUUCAGGGAGCACGUUUUCCCAUCAUGGUAUGUUGGCAGCUCAGCAUUCUCAGUCUGGAAGCACCACCACCUCCUCUUGGGACAUGGGCUCGACGACACAGUCCCCAUCACUGGUGCAGUAUGAUUUGAAGAACCCAAAUGAUUCAGCAGUGCACAGCCCCUUUACAAAACGCCAGGCUUUCACCCCGUCUUCAACCAUGAUGGAGGUGUUCCUUCAGGAGAAGCCUCCUGCAGUGGCUACCUCCACAGCUGCACCUCCACCCGCCUCUUUACCUCUGCCAAGCAAAUCUACCUCAGCUCCACAGAUGUCUCCUGGGUCUUCAGACAACCAGUCCUCCAGCCCUCAGCCUGCUCAGCAGAAACUAAAACAGCAGAAGAAAAAAGCCUCUUUGACUUCUAAGAUUCCUGCUCUGGCUGUGGAGAUGCCUGGCUCAGCAGAUAUCUCAGGGCUAAAUCUGCAGUUUGGGGCAUUGCAGUUUGGGUCAGAGCCUGUCCUUUCUGAUUAUGAGUCCACCCCCACCACGAGCGCCUCUUCAAGCCAGGCUCCAAGCAGCCUGUAUACCAGCACGGCCAGUGAAUCUUCAUCUACAAUUUCAUCUAACCAGAGUCAGGAUUCUGGUUAUCAGAGCGGCCCAAUUCAGUCGACAACCUAUACCUCCCAAAACAAUGCUCAGGGCCCUCUAUAUGAACAGAGAUCCACACAGACUCGGCGGUACCCCAGCUCCAUCUCUUCAUCACCCCAAAAGGACCUGACUCAGGCAAAGAAUGGCUUCAGUUCUGUGCAGGCCACGCAGUUACAGACCACACAAUCUGUUGAAGGUGCUACAGGCUCUUCUGUGAAAUCCGACUCACCUUCUACUUCUAGUAUCUCCACACUCAAUGAAACGGUAUCUGCAACUUCCCUACUGACAACCACCAAUCAACACUCUUCCUCCUUGGGUGGCUUGAGCCACGGAGAGGAGAUUCCAAGUACCACCACCACACAACACAGCAGCACGUUAUCUACGCAAUAGAAUACCCUUUCGUCAUCAACAUCUUCUGGGCGCACGUCAACAUCCACUCUCCUGCAUACAAGUGUGGAGAGUGAAGCGAAUCUCCAUUCUUCCUCUAGCACUUUCUCUACCACGUCCAGCACAGUCUCUGCACCUCCCCCAGUGGUCAGCGUCUCUUCCAGUCUCAAUAGUGGCAGUAGUCUGGGUCUCAGCCUAGGCAGCAACUCUACCGUCACAGCCUCAACUCGAAGCUCAGUUGCUACAACUUCAGGAAAAGCUCCUCCAAACCUCCCUCCUGGGGUCCCGCCAUUGUUGCCUAAUCCGUAUAUUAUGGCUCCAGGGCUGUUACAUGCCUAUCCGCCACAAGUGUAUGGUUAUGAUGACCUGCAGAUGCUUCAGACAAGGUUUCCAUUGGAUUACUACAGCAUCCCGUUUCCCACACCCACCACUCCACUGACUGGGAGGGAUGGUAGCCUGGCCAGCAACCCUUAUUCAGGUGACCUCACAAAGUUUGGCCGUGGGGAUGCCUCCUCCCCAGCUCCGGCCACAACCUUGGCCAAGCCCCAACAGAACCAGAUGCAGACUCACCACACCACGCAGCAGACAUUCCUGAACCCGGCGCUGCCUCCUGGCUACAGUUAUACCAGCCUGCCAUACUAUACAGGGGUUCCGGGGCUCCCCAGCACCUUCCAGUAUGGGCCUGCUGUGUUCCCUGUGGCUCCUACCUCUUCCAAGCAGCAUGGUGUGAAUGUCAGUGUGAAUGCAUCGGCCACCCCUUUCCAACAGCCAAGUGGAUAUGGGUCUCAUGGAUACAACACUGGUGUAUCAGUCACCUCCAGUAACACGGGCGUGCCAGAUAUCUCGGGUUCUGUGUACUCCAAAACCCAGUCCUUUGAGAAACAAGGUUUUCAUUCCGGUACUCCUGCUGCCUCCUUCAACUUGCCUUCAGCCCUAGGAAGUGGGGGGCCCAUCAAUCCGGCCACAGCUGCUGCCUAUCCACCUGCCCCCUUUAUGCAUAUUCUGACCCCCCAUCAGCAGCCGCACUCCCAGAUCCUUCACCAUCAUCUGCAGCAGGAUGGCCAGGAUAUCCUCAGUCUCGUCGAUGAGCAGCUUGGUGAAUAAGUAUUCCCGUAUCAGCUGGGCUUCCUCUUGCAGGCCUCG